AUGCUUCUGGUGUCUUCGAAAGCCUUUACGGUUGAUGAAUUCCCACCGUCUCCAUCAUUAACCCCCAUCGAGCGGCGGUCGGUGCUUUCACCCAAGAACAAUGAACUGAUUGCCGAGGCUAUAGUAUGGAAAAGGGCUCAAUCAGAGAAUAAGAGCAAGAACACAUUUCCUUUCCGAUCCGUGAACGUCAACUACGCACAACACCUAUGCUAUGAUUUCGGUGAUGCAGAUGAUGAACAACGGUCCGAACAACAGCGCUCGCUCACAGCGAUCCCGGCCGGCGGCGGCGUCGGCGUCAGCCAGAACGCCAGAACACCAGAACCGCACUGCGCCACUGUGGCCGUUGAGGUGAUCGUCAAAUACCCAGUCAUCUGUGCGAGCAGUACUAUUGUCUAG